UCCUCCUUUCCCCCGUUUUCGAGCAACGCUUCAAAGCCCGGGCCACGCUUACAACGCCUGCCGACCCCUGCCCUUUUUGGUCCCUCGGCAGGCAAGGGGUUGGCGACGCCAGCCGUGUGACCUCGAGAGAGAGGACGAGGCCUGCGGAGAUCAGAGACCGAGGCGCGUUCCUCCGGCAACGGCGGAGAAUCUGGGCCAGCGAGCGCUUUGUCAGCGCGGAGGAAUUCCGAAUAUCUAGAUAGUCUUCAGUUGGAAGGAAAUCAAUGUGUGGCUUCUGCAGUCUCAAGCCUUAUGACUCCGAUCGCCCAACCUGCCACGGCCAAUUCAAUCAAUACAUUUGUGGUGGAGUUUCCCAGAAAGCGCAAAGGAAGUGAUUCUGAUAACCAGUAUGCAUGUGAAAUUGAUGUUGAUGAUCUUCAGAGCAGGAGUGAAGACGAAGAGCAUGUAAAAAUUAAGUAUUUCAGGGAGGCUCAUAGUCAAACAGAGAAAAGAAGAAGAGACAAAAUGAAUAACCUGAUAGAAGAAUUAUCUGCCAUGAUACCUCAGUGCAAUCCAGUGGCACGUAAACUGGAUAAACUUACAGUAUUAAGAAUGGCCGUGCAGCACUUAAAGUCAUUGAAAGGUUCUACUAAUUCUUACUCGGAGAUCCGCUAUAAGCCUUCAUUUUUACAAGAUAAUGAACUCCAACACUUAAUCCUUAAGGCUGCAGAUGGGUUCCUAUUUGUGGUUGGAUGUGACAGAGGAAAAAUCUUGUUUGUUUCAGAAUCUGUUUCCACAAUACUUAAUUAUGACCCAGUAAGUCUAAUAGGGCAAAGUCUUUUCGACUAUCUUCAUCCAAAGGAUGUUGCCAAAGUGAAGGAACAACUGUCAUCUUCAGAUGCUUCACCAAGAGAAAAACUGAUAGAUGCAAAAACUGGUUUGGAAGUACACACGGAUUUUCAAGCAGGAACAUCUCGUUUGCAUUCUGGUGCUCGACGUUCAUUUUUUUGUCGAAUAAAGUGUGUAAGAAAUGUUGUCAAAGAAGAAGAGUCCUUGCCGAACUCAGCAAAGAAAGAUCAUAAAAAGUACUGUACUGUUCAUUGCACUGGGUAUCUGAAGAGCUGGCCUUCUAGCGAGGUGGGGGUUGAAGAGGAGAAUGAUGCGGAGAAAAACAGCAGUAACUUUAAUUGUCUUGUUGCCAUUGGGAGACUGCAUCCUUACACUGUUCCACAAAAAAGCAGUGAAAUAAAAGUGAAGCCAACAGAAUUUGUCACACGCUUCGCCAUGGAUGGGAAAUUUGUUUUUGUAGACCAACGGGCAACUGCAAUUUUAGGAUACUUGCCUCAGGAGCUACUAGGAACGUCUUGCUAUGAAUACUUCCACCAAGAUGAUCAUAGUCAUUUAACUGAUAAACAUAAAGCAGUACUGCAGAGCAAAGAAAAAAUAUUUACAAAUUCCUACAAAUUCAAAGCAAAAGAUGGCUCUUUUGUUACAUUAAAAAGUCAGUGGUUUAGUUUUAUAAAUCCAUGGACCAAAGAACUGGAGUACAUUGUGUCGAUCAAUACGGUUGUUCUAGGCCAUAAUGAAGUGGGCGAGGAGGCACUACUCCCCUGUAGUUCCCUGUCAUCAGAAGAAACACCAAAGCCACCAUUUCUUGGUGUACCAGGGAUGUCUACAGGAACUGUACUUGGGGCUGGAAGCAUAGGAACUGAUAUUGCAAAUGAGGUCUUAGAUUUACAAAGGUCACAUACUUCUCCCCCUCUUGGUGAAUUAAGCCCAUCAGAUCUUAUGAGGAAGUCAUCUUCUCCAGUUCUGACAGUAAACUGUAGUAAUGUGCCAAACAAAGACCUUACUCAGCUAUGUCCUCCAGGAAUAGAGGAUUUGGAAACUACAGGGCAAAAUCAGAGCACUGUUUCAUUCCCCACCAAUGAACCUCUGCUCAGUGAUGCUUCUCAAUUGGAUUUUGAUACAGUAUGUGAAAACGAUACUGCCAUGGCUGCUCUUAUGAAUUAUUUGGAAGCUGAAGGAGGCCUGGGUGAUCCAGCAGAGCUGAGUGACAUGCAGUGGACUCUUUAGUUCUACACGAGUGAGGAGGAGCAUGACCUUCUUGGAUGCACAGGAGUAAAUCACUCAUCCUCAAGUACUACAGUAGUGGUACCUUUUAAGGCUAUAUCUUCAUAUAUACAUUAUCUAUAUUUUUUAAAAGACUUUUGCCUUAUUCAUAAAGAAACAGUUUUGGCUGCAUAUGUUUGAAAGAUGUGAUAUUUUUAAAAAACACAGACCUCAAUUUUCUUACAUUUGUUAACAGGAAUGCUUAAAACAUGGCUAUAUUUUUACCAAAAUCUUUAAACGAGAAGUUACUGUAAGAUGGGCUUAGAGAUUUUGUUCUCAAAAUGUUUCUACGUUUGAAAUAUCUAUUUAUUUGUGUUUUUGUUGGUCAUGUUCCUAAUUUAUUAGUGCUGCUUCAGAAAAGUAUACUGUACUUGAAUAGUUAUAGAUCUUUAAAGAUUAAUUUGUGUAAGAACUGUAGUCUUUAAUAUGUUUUAUUUUGCUGUUUUAUUUUUAAAAGCUGGGAUCAAGAAGCUAGUAGUAGACUUUUUUCUGCUGAACAGUCAUUUACUGGGGUCCUCUUAAAGAGACAGUUGAGGUAUAAGUAUUUUAAAUAAAUGAUACUGGUCAGGACAUAAUAUGUUAUCCAGCAUCAUAGUUUAUCCCUACCUGUUACUUUUGAGUAAAAAAGGCAGCUUGCAAAUACAUUUCCUAGCUCCUCCCUGUGUUAAGAAGUAGCUAUAACCACUCUUCACAGUAAAAACUAAACCUUCAUCCUUCAAAAAGCUUUUUCCUUGAUAUUGGGAGAGUGGUUUAAACAUCCAUGCUCCUAAUGAGCUUCCCUUCUUUUCCCCAUCAGAAACACAACCGGGCAUGUAGCAGAGCUGGGUUAGACUUCAUCAUUUAAAAAAGCCAGGAUUUAUGAGAUGUGAGGGGAAAAGAUUUUAUCAUAACCUAAGAAACAUUUUACGAGUAUAAAACAGCUGCAGGGUCUCCUUGGGCAUUGGUUUCAGUUAGUAAAGAAUCAUAUGAAUGGAAUUUAAGAGUCACUAGCCAAAAAGCAAUGUAGAAUAAGCAUAAUUUAUCUUAUUCGAAUAAAUAUAUUGGUUCCCUAAAAA